AUGAAUUUAUACUGUGAGUCAAGUCCGAUUAAGAAUCACUUGAAGUCAUUGACUUUAUUUUUCUCGAAGUGGCUGAAGUUUGGGAGUCAUAGGGUCAUCCAAUUAGGGAAGAUCCUGGAUUAUGCGAAAAGAUUGGGAAUCAAUCCGGAUACUGAGCCACACCUACUUGAUUUGGCACGUGAGGGUUUGAUGGCAGCCUUACCGGAUGGCUGGCGACCAUGUUUUCACGAACCUCAGGAUGCUUGGUACUAUUACCAUGCUCCAACUGAAACAACAACAUGGGAACAUCCAUUGGAUGCCAAAUACAAAGAACUUGUCGAGCAAGCCAGAGCCGAACAAAAUCCUGAGAACAAAAUGAAUUUACGAGAAAUAGUGAAAAGAUCGGAAUCUAUGAGUCCGAGGUACGAAAAAGAUUGGGAGCAAUUAUCCCAUAGAUUUAGUUCAGAAGAGAAUAUUAUUGAUAUUGAUAAAUUAAGUGUUAGUUCGUUAACGAGGUCAGAUUCAAAAUCUCUCCUUGAAAGACCAGAGAAAGAAAUCAACCAGAGCCAAUCAGGUAAUCAAAAAGAGCUCCUGUUAAACGGUGGAGGGUCUAUGUUUUUGAAGAGUACCCGAAGUCGUGAUAAUACACCAAAUCAAGACGGAGGAAAAUUUCAUGACUUCCACAUCAGUCAUGGUACAUCAGGCACAAAUGAUACCAGUGAUAUAACUGAAAGACCGAAAUCUAUCCUCCGUGAAAAACCCUGUGAAGAUGACGAUCGACAUACAGAAGAAGAGCGUAAAAGCGUACGUUUCGAUCUCGAAAAAGGUUUGGAAGACAUGAAAUUUAUGUAUUCUGGUUCAGAAGAUAAUGACAGGGAUUCAGAUUCUAACGAUAAGCAGUCAUCUUCUAGAGCAUUGAAGGCAAACUUAAGAUUAGACGAUCUGACACUUGAACGUUCUGACUUAUUUCAUAUUAAUGUGAAUAAUUUCCAGAAUGAUUAUCUGAGUGAAGAUAUUUCUUCUUCAAAUCGGAAUCCACCUGCAAAACUUGUGGGCCGAAGAUUUCUUGUUCAGAAUGUAUCCGAAGUCGAGCAUAUGAACCAACUUCUCGCUGAUGAUCUCCAUGAUGAACGUUUACCUAUCAAUAAAUUUACUAAUAUUAAAAAUAUUGAUUUGAUUCCCAAUACUGGCAAUAGCAGUUCAUUGCGCGACUCCAGUAAAAGAGAAAAUCAAUCAGAAGAGGAUGAACUAUCUAUUGAUGUAGAUAAAAUAUUGCCACAAACUAGAGAUGAAGGCGACGAUGUCGUCAAUCAAAUAUUGAUAGAACAAGAAGCGGAAAUUACGAAUGUAAAAAAAGUAUUUGAAAACCAAUUGGCUAAUAGAAGGAAAGAAUUGGAAAUCCACGAGGAACGAGAACUCGCAGAAAUGGAAGUGGGUCUUCAUCGAACCAGAAGUUUACUUGGGGAAAAGAUAAUUCAUUUGAGGCAUUCUGAGCAGUCACUUGAGAGGGUAGUGAAUGCAAAAAGGAAUGAGAGUCAAAGUGCUCCAAUUAAAAGUGAUGAACUUACUCUGAGUGAUAUGUCGAGUGCCAGUAGUGGAUUCAGUUCUACUGAUUUUGGUACAGACACGUUCAUUGAUAAACCAGAUCAGUUUCCGGAAUCAACCGAGAUAAUCGCAAGUCUGGAAAAUUUAAAUUCGGAGAUUCGUGAAAUUUGGGGAGUCCUGAAUAAACGCCAAGGCAACAAUAUUCCACCACCACCGACAUUGUCAUAUUCUGAUUUAGGAUACUUUUCUCAUCAACACGUGAUUACCUCAACCAACAAUACACAAAGUUUUGGAACGCCCAAUAUUCAUUCAAAUAUUUUAUCCCAACUGACAGCAACUCUUCCGUCUACUACAACGCAGAAUAUUAUAACACAGUAUGGGCCGAAUAAUGGUUUCACAACGAGUGUUGGUACUGUAGAACGUGGCCCAUCAAAUUUGAUGGAGAGAACUAGGAAUAUGAGGGAUUGGUUACGACAAGCACGUAUGGAGUCAACCGAUCCUGUUAGUCCUGGGGAAGCGACACUUUGAAAUAUCAAAUGGCUUACUUUUCAGUGCAUCGAAGACCCUUGAAAAACGAAUCUUAAAAUCCAUAGUCGGCUAUUAUUAUAAAUUCAUAAUCAAAUAGUUUAUUACAGAUGAUAGUUAUAUCGUGAAAUCAAAUAUGAAUUUCCAUUUCAUGAAACUAUUCUUUACGAUUAAAAGGGCGUGAGGUGAAACGGAUUGUCCUAAAUUGUCACCAUCUCUAAAUGAACUGGUA